GGACGCUCGCCAGUAGUGAGUAGCAAUUGUUUUCCUGGUGUAUGCCGGGCGGACGCGGGAUGCUCGAUUUUGUAACAAGUGGACUAAUCAUUUUAUGUUAUUACAUUGACCUCAAGCUUAAACUGGCACAUUUCCAAUGCUGGAAGAAAAAGUAAUGAUUGAGUAGGCACUUCAGUUUGAAAAAAAAUUGAGCUCUGUGGAAGAGAAAAGGAUACGAUCACUGAGAAAAUGUGUGAUAGAUGGUCAUCUCACCUUCUUGUGUUUCUUCUACUGGUAAUAUGGUCACCAGAGGAAGUAAAAACUGGCAGAGUACUUGUUCUACUGCCACACAUUGGUAAAAGUCAUUUCACGGCAUUUGAACCUUACUUGCGUUACCUCACUGCAGUAGGACAUGAUGUUGUCGUAUACAGCCACUUCCCACUGAAAGAUCCACCCCCUAAUUUCACAGAUGUAAGUUUGCUUGGCUCUAGGCAUCAGGAUUAUGCCACAAAUGCUAUUCCACCAUUUUUUACCCUGUUGCCUCUGAAGGCUUAUAUCACUGCAUUUUUCUUUGGGUUGGGAGGUGUUGUCCAGUGUGCAGAAGUUCUUGGCUCUAAACCAAUGCAAGAACUUAUGAAAUCCGAUGAGAAGUUUGAUCUCAUUGUUACAGAGCUUUUCAACUCUGACUGUGUGCUGCCCUUUGUACACAAGUUUGGUGCUCCCCAUAUAGCAUUAAGCUCCUGUGUCCCUGUUCCAACGUCUCUUGAUCGAUUUGGAAAUCCUGACAGUCCAGCAUAUAUUGCAAAUAUGUUUCUGCCGCUUACAAAUAAUAUGAACUUCUUUGAGAGAGUUUCAAACACUCUAAUGUAUUUAUGGACAAAGGCAGUAUUUUACAUUAUGUAUGACAUACCUUCAGAAUUAGUGGCUUGGUACCAUUUUGGUUUAUCCAUUCCAAGGCUUAGUAGCAUAGCAUACAACACCAGUCUGCUGCUCAUCAAUACACAUCCUGUUAUAAAUUCUCCAAGACCAUAUGUGCCAAGUAUAAUUGAAGUUGGUGGAAUACACUUGCCAAAAGUCAAGAAACUUCCACAGGACAUAGCAAAGUUCAUGGAUGAAGCAGAACAUGGCGUUGUGUAUGUUAGUUUUGGUUCACUACUGAAAAUAGAUGCUUUGCCAGAUGAAAAACGUGAUGCAAUGGUCCACGCAUUUGCACGUCUCAAACAGCGUGUACUUUGGCGAUGGUCAUCUGAACUGUAUGAACGUCCAGCAAAUCUGAUGACAAAAUCUUGGAUACCUCAGUUUGAUGUACUCAAUCACCCCAAUGUAAAAGCGUUUGUGACACACAGUGGAUUAUUGAGCACAAUUGAAGCCGUACAUAAUGCUGUUCCUGUGGUGACUAUACCUUUCUUUGGAGAUCAGGAUCACAAUGCUAAGAAUAUUGUUCGACAAGGGAUAGGUAUUCAGCUAAGCUAUAGCAAUUUAACAAUGGAAAACCUGUUGAAUGCUUUGAACCAAGUAAUUUACAAUAUAAGUUAUAAGGAGAAUGCGAUACAGACAUCUAAGAUAUUUCGUGAUCGUCCUAAGUCUCCAAUGGAAACUGCAGUUUACUGGACAGAAUAUGUUCUUCGACAUGGAGGUGCACCACAUUUACAGUCAGCAGCUAAAGAACUCAAUAUAUUUCAGUACCUUCUCUUGGAUGUAGUGGCUGUUCUGUUGAUUUUUAGUAUCAUUGUUUUAGUAGUCCUUGGCUAUUGUUUUAAAAUUCUGCUUUCCGUAUUACGUCCCAAACAGAAACUUUUAUGAUAUAUGGACUGGUAUGAAAGCAGGAACUCACUGACAUGGAGGGCAGUGGAGGGUAAUGAAAUGGUGUUCUGUAUGUCAGUAGUUAAGUUCGCAAAGUUUAUGAACUACACAGAAUUUAAUAACAAUUUUUGCACUUCUGCAUCAGAAGUCAUGUAGUUUACCAGUACGUGAACAUUUUGUUGUUACUAUUUAUUGUGAAAUGCUUCUCAAAAUAGAGGUUCAGAAAUGAAGAAUUUUCUUGAGGAUGGCUUAGUUAUAAUGAUCUCAAAAAUUAGCAAGUGUAUUACAGAUGGUUAAAGCUUCUCAGUUGCUGCUUCUGGUCCAUCAAUUUCCAUGGACAACAAACAGCAUUCUCGUUUAGUAGCAGCUUGUUCAUUCAUGUUUUAUUAAACUGAGAUGAUGAAUCUGUGUAUAUUAUUGAGGUUGGUGAUUUUAGUAAUUACUAUAUUUAUUGUGUAGUAUAAUUUUGUCAGACAUGAUGCCAAAUAUGUUGUUAUAUGACACAGUUUUUAAUUAAUACUACAAUGAUGAUCAGUGUUAUUGUUUUACUUAUAAAAGCUUCCAAGUGUUACUGUUACUGCUUUACUCAAACUGUAAAUCUCCAGUCUGUUAGAUCAGGAGGAAACUUAAUAGCAUCUCACUAAUGGUUCUAUGUAAUAACACAUAUGCAGUUUUUGUUCUUUUUCUUUACAUUAGAUCUUAUGUGAAAUAUUCAACUAUGCAGUGUAUUACAGCUGAGAGUUCAAACAAGAACAAUCAGAAACCUUUGUUUAAUUGAUUUAUUCCUACUGUCCAUGGAAACGAAGCAAAUCACAAUACAAACUUCCUCAACAAUUCAUUGUUGGAAUUAUGGAUUCGAUGAAAAUAAA